CCACUCACGCACACUCUCUAACCCAUGGCCUCACCCCACGCCCAACUCUCCGACCCUCUUUCGUCCCCCCUCAACCCCAUAUUCGUCGCGCUCGGCCUGCGCGGCCGCGCGCCAGAGAGCAUCGCCGCGCGCGCCAUGCUCCUCGCGGCGGGGCUGUACGCUAUCCGCUACGUCCUCGGCGGCAUCGUCACGGCGCUGGCGGCUAUCGCGCUGGCGAACCUCUUCCUCGCGGCUCGGGACGACUCCAAGAAGACUGACACCUUCGACAUCGGCACCCCCCUCACGGCCUUUAGCAGACCCAGUACCCCUUACACGAUCGUACUCACCACCGCGGGCGACUGGCGCCCACCGUCCCCCCUCGCGGCGCUCGCCGCCGCCUCAUCGCCCCUCGUCACGCGCACCCCCAACCCCACCCGGCACCGACUCUGGCUCCGGGAAGUGAUCACCGAGACCGAGCCGCACAUCGCCCACGGAAAACAGACGUACCUCAUCAACGGCGACUUCGAGCUCACUCCCUGCUUCCCCGAUAGCGAGGAGACCAUGAAGGCGAUCAACGCGUCGCCCAUCUCGUCCAUGGCGGUGCUCACGACGUCCAACAUCCCCGCGUUCUUCAAGCAGCUCGACCUGCCCUCCCUGCGCACCCUCGACCUGUCGGAAUGCGGUAACAAGCUCGCUGGGUCGAGCGCGGAGAUCGCAGAGUAUCUCGCCUCCCCCCGCUCCCACGGCCUCGAAACCCUCAUCCUAUCGCCCAUCCUCCACCCCGCCGACCAUGAGCACGUCCUCCGCGGCGUGUCGGCCAACGCGACCCUCACGCGCGUCUGCUUCCUCAUGUGUGGGCAGUCCAAGUGCUCCCCGUGUCCGUUUGGCCUGGGCGAGCAGUAUCGCUCGACACUGGAGCGCAACGCUGGCCUGACGCACCGUGUCCGCCUCGCCGGCAUCCAGACUCUUGUGCCCGCGCGUGUCCUCCUCAACGCGCACGCCAUCACCCCGGCUUCGGUCCCCUUUGCCCGUCUCCCCCUCGAGAUUGUCCUCAACAUCGUCAAGCAGUGCGCCGACGAGCCGGACGCGCUCACCCCUGCCCAGUUCGCCAAGCUGCGCCUGUUCGCCACCGACCGGGCAAAACAGACCCUCGUCCGUGGUGGCGGAGCAAGCGAGCUCGAGUACCGGUCCCGAGUCGCCGGCUUCUACUGGGACUGGGGCGUGUAG